AUGUGGAAAGACCAUGAUGGACACAUCGUCCAAAAGAAGCCAGUAGAACAGAACACAUCCCGUGGUAGCAGUAGCAGUAGUAAUGUGGGAGCGCCGUUCGUAUCCCAGGUAGAAGGUCCCAUUUCACCUCCUGUAUCGACUCAUAACUCGGACCACCAAAGCGAUAACGAUCCCGCAUCACAUACGGCUUUCACCCAUAGCCAUAGUCAUAGCCUUUUACCAGAUUAUGCGCUUACGACGGGGCAGUUCGAUUCACAUGGUAAUAGCGGGUAUUGGGUUGCUCCCGAGACAUCCCAGCCUCCCUUCUUCGAUAUAAACUACGAUGAAGUGUUCCAGCCGGACACAGCAAAUAACAAUGUCUCGAGCGCUACCGUCUCGAAUACCCCGUAUGUUCCUACUACUUCCCUGGCUAUGUACUCCGGCGUUCAACAUCAUGCACCUGUGAGCUCAAGUCAAGACAACUUCUCCCCGGGUAUUAGGGCAUAUGAAGGGGGGAUGACCGGGACCUCAUUAACACCCAUGGAAUCUCUUGACUAUAGAACUGCUGUUAGCCUCUCGCCCGUACCGAAGCAAGCCCAUCGGGGACUCGGUGGCUUUGGUGAAGCAGAAUUCGAGCGACCCCUGGCUACUCUUCAACCGCCAAACCGUCUACCGUAUAUAGACGACUAUACGUAUAGCCAGAUUUUAGAGACGGUUAAAGCCUCAAGACCGUUAGCACCCAGUGGCUCCCUUCUCGACAUCAACCAUCCGCUGAUGUCACAGCUUUCGUUGCAAACCUACUUAGAUCUAUACUUUAACAGGUUCAAUACCGCAUAUCCGUUGAUACACCUGGCCACCUUUGAGCCAAGCCAAAAUAAGACAUUAUUACUUCUGUCCAUGAUUCUACUCGGGGCUACUUACUCCGAGAAAGAGGCACAUCAAUUUGCCGUCUGCAUACACGAUGUGAUCCGCCCGGCGAUAUUUUCUCACGCGAGCUUUAACCCCAAACCUGACCUUUGGAUGCUACAGACGAUUCUGUUAGUCGAAUGCUUCGGGAAGAGUAGAGCAGGUCAGAAACAACACGACAUGAGCCAUUUAUUCCACGGGAUGUUGAUCAACCUGAUCAGGCGGUCUGACUGCCAGUCUGUCCGGCCAGUUCGCCCACACGAAGAUAAUGAUAAGGGCAACUUGGUCGAUGACUGUAGCUGGAGACAAUGGGUAGAGGCCGAGGAGAAGAAAAGGCUGGCUCUUCUAUGCUUCAUGUGGGAUACCCAACACGCCGUCCUAUUCUGCCAAUCUCUAUGCAUGUCAGCCUUCGAGCUCCGGGUCCCUCUACCCUGCAACCAAGCAUUAUGGGAGGCAUCCACAGCCGCCGAAUGGUCGCGCCUCUCGCUCUCCACAGCCCCUGAGCCGAUGUACCUCCUCGCACUGAAGUCUUACAUCACGCGCGACACGCACCGUUGUCCUCGACUCAACGGCCUAUCGAGAAUAUUCAUCUUUCACGGUUUAAUGUCCAUUUUCUGGGACAUGCGGCGGCGGGACCAGACCAGUCUUGGCGUCAUCUCCGCGCAGGGCGGUCGAUGGCAGAGCCGUCUUGGAAACGCUUACCAUGAGUGGAAAAUAGACUUCGAUAACUUCUGCCUACGCCUGUCCGAUAUCACAUCUGUGGAGAUGAGGAAGGGUACCGUCCCCGAAAAUGCAAAAGUUGAACUCGAUGUCUGGCGUACCGCGUACGUGGCCGUGUACCAUGCAGCUCAUACACUUCUACACUCGGAAUUCCUCGACAUACAAAUAUUUGCUGGCGCACGACAUAUCCUCGGGCGGUCUGUUCAACGGAACGACUUUAUCCGCUCAGAGAAGGUCGUGAAACGAUGGGCUAUGAGCCGUACGAUCCCAGGAUCUGACAAUACUGACGGAUCUGGGAGCGCGGUAGCGGCGGUUUGGCACGCAGCCCAAUUGCUCCAAAGCGCAUCACACACGUUCGUCGAUUUCGACUCUAUGGGCCUAUUUCAUGUACCAUGGUGUCUCUACUUAGCCACGUUGACGGUAUGGACAUUUCACCACACCGGCGCCAAGGGGUUUGGUUCCGUCCCCGAAGAUGAUAGUGAACUGGUGUGGGAUGCUCAAGCAGAAAUGCGGAUGCUUCUAGACUCGAUGGUAGAAGCGGGGAUUCAUGGUUUACCUGAAAUACAGGGGCUGAAGCGAACUAGCGGUUUGGUGUGGGUUAUGGCAGAGGUAUUGAGUAAAGUUCGCUGGGGAAUUGUGCAUGCUGGCGUCACCGUGCUUAAAGGCUUGAUCCCGUGGAGGUUAAUAGGGCAGUUUGAUGAUACUACUGUCUGA